GGGGGCGGUGCAUCUAGCUCUGGGCCAGGGGGUCCAAAGUGCUCAGCCCCCGGGGCACAGUAGGACAUUUGGGGGCCUUCUUUCCGCAGGGGACAGACUGACUGGGGACUGUUCGUGACCCCCGAGUGGGGGAAGGCAGGCUGUUGCCAUGGUGGCCUGAGCGAGGCGAAUUCCUCCAGGGUGAAGUGGGAGAUAUUUAUACCCAGGGUCAGGCCUGGAGGCGGGCAGCCGAGGGCAGGAGAGCUGGGAUUUCACGGGACACAGCGAGGCUGGGACUGCAGUGUGCAAGCAGGAUAAUGGCGUCUCUUGGCCACAUCUUGGUUCUCUGUGUGGGUCUUCUGGCCACGGCUGACGCAGAAGGUCCAAAGAAGGAACAUGACCCAUUCACCUAUGACUACCGCUCCCUGCGAAUCGGAGGCCUCAUCAUCGCUGGGAUCCUCUUCAUCCUGGGCAUCCUUAUCGUGCUCAGCAAAAGAUGCCGGUGCAAAUUCAACCAGCAGCAGAAGACUGGGGAACCUGAUGAAGAGGAGGGAACUUUCCGCAGCUCCAUCCGCCGUCUGUCCAGCCGCAGGCGGUAGAAACACCUGGCGCGCUGGAACUCAGCCAGGAGUCCCUGGGAACCUGACGCCUCCCAUCCACCACCUGCGCGCCCACCGCCUGGUCCACCGCCUGCUUCCCCAGCUAUGCCGGCGCAGACGCCUCACGCCGCCCGGACUUCCAAUAAAACGUGCUUUUCUCCCUUGACA